AUGGAAAAAAAUCAAUUAUUGACCUAGAAAUCAGCUGAAGAGGAGAAGAAAGGAUCAGCAGGCCAGGCAAAUGGAAAGGUAGAUAAGGGACAGACUGGAAGUGGCAAUAGCUAAUGGGACCCUCUGAAUUUUAAAAAUGCAUCUGACUAUACUACUAAGAAUAUUACUAAUAGAUGGGAGAAUCAUCGAGAUGAAUGGCUAAAUGCAUCAGGAGAUACUAAGAGUUAAUCUAAAGAAGCUGAUGUUCGUGGAGCCACUUAGAGUAAACCAGUACCCUUAGAUUAGUAUGACCCUGAGCGAAAAGCUCUGAAAAAGACUAUGAAAUCUGUUUAAGGACCAUACUCAAGGUUCUCUAACUACUAUCCACUAGAGGAAAUCAUAGAUCUCUACAUGGAGAUAUGGUAUGACAGUGACUCAGACAGUGAUGACUGA